AUGACCGAUAUACCACUGAAGCUGAGAUUUGAUAUUCUUCAAAUAUUUGAUUCUGAAAGAAUGGUCAUAGUUGUUGAAGGAAAGGAACUGAAAGUAACAGCACAGUCUAUUCAUGACAUGUUGGGGAUUCCAACUGGUGGAACCAUACUAACACAACUGGAUCAAUGUCCUAAAGAUGAUACAUGUUAUGAUGAAUGGAAGGAACAAUUUCAAGAAGGAGCAAUAAUAAGACUGAAUGUAAUAAAAAAAGCAAUUGUUCGUACCACUGAAACCGAUUUUAAUUUCAAAUUGAACUUCUUAGUUCUUUUUUUUCAACGGAUUUUGUGA